CUCAAAAUAUUCUCCAUUUCUCUCUAGAAGUUUCUUUUCCGUUCUUUCUUGUCAGUUUCGUUUUCAAUUCCUUUCUUCGUACUAAUAAUAAAUUCGGAGAAUGAGUCGGAAUCGGAAUUUGGUUCACUCUACAGAAAUUGUUAAAUUUCUCUACAGUUACGGUGGUAAAAUUCUUCCUCGUCGCUCUGACGGCAAACUCCGUUAUAUCGGCGGCUUUACUAGAGUCCUCUCAAUCGAUCGAUCUAUUUCUUUCUCAGAAUUGAUAGUGAAGUUUGGAGAAUUAUGCGGAUCGUCUAUGCAUUUAAGGUGUAAGCUACCAACUGAAGAAUUAGAUGUUUUGGUAUCGAUUACCUGUGACGAGGACUUGGCAAACAUGAUCGAAGAGUACGAUAGAGUUUCAACAUUGACGAAUAAAGAGACGAAGAUCAGAGCCAUAUUAUCUCCAAUCAAUUUGCCCAAAAAGAUCUCUCCUCCGUCUUCACCAAUGUCUUGCUUCGAUUUUCCAGCGUCGAACUUGAAGUCGCCUCCGUCGGAUGCGGUGGCGCGUAGAUCGUACUCGCCUGCUUUGGGUUAUUCGGUCGGCGAGGAGAUUUACUAUCCUUACUGUGGAAAUGGAAGUGUUAGGCCUUUGUAUUACGUUGUUCCUCACCAUUAUUAUCAAUAGAAAAACAAAAAUAGAGAAGUGAGAGAGAGAGUAGUUGUAAGUAUUUCAGGAGAGUUGUGUACAUAGGCGAAACGAAUCUCCUCCACAACAAAAGGCUCGAAAUGGAAUAUAUUUAUCAAAUCAAAUUUAUACGGAUUAACAAAAGUCAGAUUCAAUUUCUUA